AUGAGAGAAACACUCGUCUUCCUCCUCUUCUUCAUAACUCUAACCGUCGCUACACGAACCACCGGAUCGGUUAAAUGUCAAACCGGUUCACUCCGUUACCCGUUCGGUUUCACCGACGGUUAUCCGAUCCGGUUCAAUUGCUCGAACAAAACCGGCGAUGCGAAAAUCGGAGAUUUCGUUGUACAGGAAGUAACAAACUCAAGCGUAUACGUCAAUAUCCCUCCGAUGUGCAAACGCCAGAUCCGCAAAAUUGAACAACUUUUCCGGGAAAAUCUCGCUCCGUCGAAUAUACAGAACGUGAUUCUCUUACAGGGAUGCAACAAAUCGUCGUCUAAUUGCUUGAUUAAGAGUAGAUUCGUCCAAAACCGGUUAAAUCUCAGCAGAUGUGAAACUUCGGUUAGAUGUCUCGACAGAGCUACGACGGAUUCCGAUGUGAUGAGUAUCGGAGACGUCGUUAAUAGAAGUGACUGUAAGUAUUGGUUCUCUUCGAUUACGCCUGAGUCGAAGGAUACUAAACCGAGAUUUUCGUUGAGUUUGGGUCGAAUCAAGCUCGAUUGGUGGAUUAAGAAGGGUUGCAGUAACACGACUUGCUCGGAAAACGCAAACUGUAACGUUGUUAAGCUUCCCGGCGGCGGAUUUGGUCAUCGGUGCGCUUGUAACGAAGGAUUUCGCGGUGACGCGUUUACCGUUCACGGUGGUUGCCGAUCAGUUCAUAAACGCAAAGGACUACACAAACUCAUUGUUCUUGGUACUGGGAUUUUGAUUGGAGUUACACUAAUUGCGUUCUUGAUAUUUACUUAUAUCUACCGCUACAAACGUUCUGCGUUUUCCUCGAGAACGCCGAUCGCGAAUCGCUUGCUUUGUGAGCUCGCCGGAAACUCUAGUGUUCCUUUCUACACUUACAAAGAGAUCGAGAAAGCUACCGAUAGUUUCUCCGACAAAAACAAGCUCGGAACCGGAGCAUACGGAACAGUCUACGCAGGCGAAUUCCCAAACAGUUCAUGGGUCGCUAUAAAACGUUUAAGACAAAUAGACACAAGUAGCAUCGACCAAGUUGUGAACGAGAUCAAGCUACUUUCUUCCGUGAGCCACCCGAACCUCGUUUGUCUCUUAGGUUGUUGUAUUUCCCAUGGAGAACCGUUACUAAUCUACGAGUUCAUGCCAAACGGAACGCUUUCUGAGCACUUACAACACGAAAGAGGACACACACCGCUUUCUUGGUCCUUACGUCUCUCCAUCGCUUCUCAAACCGCAGACGCAAUCGCGCAUCUACACUCUUCGGUAAACCCUCCUAUAUACCACAGAGACAUCAAGUCGAGUAACAUCCUCCUCGACUACGAAUUCAACUCCAAAAUAUCUGAUUUCGGACUCUCUAGGCUCGGCAUGUCUACAGAUUUCGAGGCGUCACAUAUCUCCACGGCUCCACAAGGCACUCCUGGAUAUUUAGACCCUCAGUACCACCAAGAUUUCCACCUCUCGGAUAAGAGCGAUGUUUAUAGCUUUGGAGUUGUUCUAAUCGAAAUCAUCUCAGGGUUUAAAGUCAUAGACUUUACUCGUCCUUACGAUGAAGUAAACCUAGCUGUUCUUGCCGUUGACAGGAUCGGAAGAGGGCGCGUAGUAGAUAUCAUUGAUCCCUGCUUAAGAACAGAGAACAAUCCGAAAAUGUUUGCUUCUAUUCAAAACUUAGCGGAAUUGGCGUUUCGAUGCUUAUCGUUUCAUAGAAACAUGAGGCCUACAAUGAUAGAAGUUAAAGAAGACCUUCAACGGAUUAAGCUUAUGUACUUUGGUACAGAGUUAGGGAAGUCAAGAAACCGAUCCGAAAUCGAUAUGAAGAGAUUAAAUAGCCUAGAAUCAUCUCCGAGAGUAUGA